CACCAACUACAAGUUCCAUAAAACUAAGUAGGGCUGCCUCUCUCAAGUCGUUACAGAGAGAUGGGAGGGAAAGGAGAGAAGAGGAGAGAGAAAAACUACCUAGCUGCUGACGGCCGGACCGGCGAGACUCCCUUUAAAUUAUGUAAUAAUCAGAAUGUCAAGCCUGGGAGUGAUUUUGAACAGAGAAAUGGUGAAGGCUACAUAACCUCGUCUGAUCAGGAGAAUGAUGUAACAUUGAACAAGGGAGAUGAAAAGAGAAAGAUGAAUCAAAUAAACGAUCUUCGUUUCGAACAGGAGCUUGCGGAGUUGGAUGGUCUGUUCAAAAGGAAAGAACGCAAGAAUAAGUAUUGGGAGGCCAAGAAGCAGAAGAAGAAUCAAGGAAAGACAGAAGAUACGCUCAGAGAAAACUUCCAAAAGCAUGAACAGAUCAGGUUCGGUGAUGUGGUUCAAGCUCCACCAAAACUGGCUGUUGUUCCAAAGGUAUAUAGUCUCACUAUAGAUUUCUAACUGUAAGAAAAAUCUCAGGAACGUA